AUGCUAACACGAAACUUCCUUCCGACCACUUCAAGCCGGCGAACCGACGGCAAAAUCUUUCACGAUAUUACCGUCGCAGGAAAGGCAUGCGUGCUGAAGCGCAUUCUCGCUCGCGAAGAAUUUCAGGUGGACGAGUUGAUUCACAGAGUCUUCGCACACACGGAUCUGGCCAACCGUAUGCGAAACGAGAAAGCGGAUAUCGACUUUGUCCGCAGAAACACAACCUUCCCGGUCCCCGAAGUUCUCUUUUAUCUUGACGAAAGCGACGGUGUCUAUCUCGGAUCGGAACGUGUUCAGGGCAUCCGCAUGGACAAGAUUGAGGACGAACAGGCGAAAGCUACUGCGAUCGAGCAACUCAACUCUUUCACCCGCGAGCUCGCCAAGCUCCGCUCUCCCACCAUUCGCGGAUUCCCUCGCGUCCCUUGUUUUCCCCUUGCGAUCAAGAAGAAUAGGCCCCGGACCGUUACCCAGCAGUGGGCUCGGAAUGACCAAGAAGGUUACCCGCUUUGUCACGGUGACCUACACGAAGGCAACGUCAUCGUUGAUCCCGACACUAUGCGGGCCAAAGCAGUCCUCAACUGGGACCACUGCGGAUUUUACCCAGCUGAAGUAGAUGCUCCUAGGUGCCAAAAGGGCCGUCGCUGGGUAGUUCAGCCCGAUGGAACGUGUAACGACCACUACGAGGAGUACGAGAGAGCGGCCAAUCAAAAGCUUGCAGAUCUCUUGAUUUUUAACGUUGAAUAA